UUGUUCACAACAGAAGUCUUGGAGUUGCUGUUUAAGCAUCACUUUAUGGACAGAAAUGUCAACCCCCAGGUACUGGUAGUGCUGGAGACUGUAUCUAAAACUCAUCCUGAAAACCUGGAACAAUUUAUGGAGGAAUAUCUGAUGAAGACUGAACUCAUGAUGGAACUAACUGCUCACUACCAAUUCACCAUCUUAGUAAGGAUAGCAGCUAAAUGUAAGAAUAAACAAGGCGUAGUGUAUACAUAUUUGAUGAAGCGACUGAAAGAAUCGAACACUGAACAAGUUCUGACAUCAAGCAUACAGGGACUAAGAGAAUUACAUUCAAUCUAUGGUGCCGAAAUUUUCACCUCAGAAGACAGGAAGUUUAUAGAGAGUUUAAAAACAAAGGGAAUGUCUCAAACUUUGAGAGAUCUAGCAGAUAAUCUGAUAGAUGAAUUGGAAGGCAGAAGUCUAGAGGGAGUGUCCAAAGGCAUUGAAGAGCAGUCAGGACAGAUAGAAAAGUUAGAGGUGGGCGUGGCGGGAACAAAGGUUGUACUGAAAAAGGUACAGACAGACGUCAAUCAACAGGGAGAGGAGAUAGACAGUGUCAGGGAGGGGCUGGGCGAGGUCAACACGCGGGUGGAUCGCGUAGAGGUGGAAGUGGAGGAGACAAAAGAGAGAGUGGAGGAGGUGGAUAAAAAGACAAUGAGUAAUGCCCCUACUUGGUCUCGAGAUGUUACAAAGCUGUUGAACCCGGAAUCUGAGCAUGACUGGAGACUCCUGGCUAGUCGCCUUGGUUACAGUCCUGAUGACAUCAGAGGCUGGGCCACCCAAUCAGAUCCCUGCAUGGCCCUGCUGAGCGAAUGGUAUGCCACACACAAGACAUUUGAGGCUUCUAAAGGUGUCCUGAAUAUCCUGCAGGAGAUGAAUCGUUUAGAUGCGGCCAUUAUUGUAGAAAAUGCCAUGAAAGCUGCAGAGGGUGUUGUGGCAGAUGAGCCAGUGGAUUACCCAGAACCCCCUGAGAUCUUCCUUAGUUACCAGUGGGGUCACCAGAAUGAGGUCAAACUCAUCAGUCGCCACCUGGAGAUGGCAGGGUAUAAAUGCUGGAUGGAUGUGGGGCAGAUGGGAGGUGGGGAUAAACUGUUUGAGAAGAUUGAUUCUGGGAUAAGAGCGGCCAAAGUUGUCAUCUCUUGUGUGACAGAGAAAUACGCAAAAUCACCCAACUGUAACAGAGAGGUCAAUUUGUCUGUGAACCUUGGGAAACAAAUGAUCCCACUUCUCUUAGAGAAAAUGCCAUGGCCCCCAAUGGGUUCAAUGGGACCAAUCUUCAGUGAGUACCUAUUCAUCAGAUUUUUCCAAAGACCAGGGGAGGAAACCAAGGAUGACCGAAUCUGGCCAGUUGCCAAGUUUACGGAACUUCUCAUGCAGCUCAACUGUUUGAAAGUGAUGCCAGAUCAGCAGAAUAUUUCACAAGAGUAUAAGAAUUGGUGGAUACCAGUGGUGGAGAACAUUGUAAUCCCUAGAAAACGAGACAGAAAGGGGGACAACUCACCUCCAGCAGCUGACAAGCAGAAGGCUACAUCAGCGGUGGUCUCCCCUGACAUCUUCAUCUCCUACCAGUGGGGUAAACAGAAGGAGAUCUCAGCCCUGAACCAGAGACUGACCAGUCAGGGCUUCACCUGCUGGAUGGACAUCCACCAAAUGGGGGGAGGGGAUUCCCUGUAUGACAAGAUUGAUCGUGGGGUCAGAGGUUGUAAGGUCGUCCUGUCCUCGGUCACCACCAAGUACGCUCUGUCUGCCAACUGUAGGAGAGAAGUCAGUCUGGCUGAUGCUCUGAAGAAACCUAUCAUCCCCAUGCUGAUGGAAAAAAUAGACUGGCCCCCAGGUGGACCAAUGAGCAUGGUUCUUACACAACUAUUAUAUGUUAACUUCUCAAAGGAUGAGUCCAUUCAAUUAUCAUGGGAAGGAAAAGCAUUUGAUGAACUGCUAAAGAAGAUUGAGGAGCACAUUCCCAAUGAAAGUACUUAUCAGGAUGAGAAGACAGAGAGACCAUCAAAUGUCUCCAAAUUUGUAAACUCUUCUGCAAAUGAUAGUGAUGGGAAAAAGCAAGGUGACCUUGAAAGAGAAAUUCCCUCCAUUCAGAAAAUUAACCCACCAUCAGUGUCUGUUCAACCACAGACAAAGUCUGCUAGUGUUGAACAAAAUAGUCUAGUACAGUCCUACACAAAUGAUCAGUCAGACAAAAAUGACAUCAAAAAGAAAUCAGCAACUUGUUGUAUAUUAUAAUAUAU